AAUGUACUAUCACAAUUAACAUAUUCUCUUUCCAACCAUCCUUUCUCUCUCACACACACAUAGAUAUCAUAUUACAGACACACAGAGAACACACCUCCUUUUCUUUUCUUUUCUUUUCUCUUCCCAGUUGGGUUGCAUGUUCUAUCUUUCUCUCCAUACUUUCCUUCGUCUUUUUCACCUUAUUCCCCUUUCUUUCCAGCUCUUCUUCACACUCUAUUAACCCUAAUUUCACCCCCCAAAUCAUUAGGGUUUUCACUUUUGCACACACAAAUCAUACGAAUCGAAUCACUCAUAAUUCAAUUCCGAUCUCGAUUCUCCAGAUUCUCGAUUAUAAAAAACCCUAGGUGUACUUGUUCCUUUCUCUUUCCUAGGGUUUUCGAUUUCAUCGAGUAUAAUCUGGUUAAUGAAGUAUUGCAAUUGAAUUAGAAGUUUAGAAUCACUGUAAUUGUUGUUGAUUUCUGUUCGUUUUUGCUUUUGUGUGAUUCCGAUCGUGAGAUAAACAAUGGAGAAGUAUGAGCUUGUGAAGGAUAUAGGAUCUGGUAACUUUGGAGUUGCUAGAUUGAUGAGGAACAAGGUUACGAAAGAGCUUGUUGCUAUGAAGUAUAUCGAAAGAGGCCACAAGAUUGAUGAGAAUGUUGCUAGGGAGAUUAUUAAUCAUAGAUCGCUUCGGCAUCCGAAUAUUAUUCGGUUUAGGGAGGUUGUGCUUACUCCCACUCACCUUGCUAUUGUGAUGGAGUAUGCUGCGGGUGGGGAGCUGUUUGAGAGGAUAUGUAAUGCUGGAAGAUUCAGUGAAGAUGAGGCGAGAUACUUUUUUCAGCAGCUUAUUUCUGGAGUUCACUACUGUCAUUUCAUGCAAAUAUGUCAUAGAGAUUUGAAGCUUGAGAACACUCUGUUAGAUGGGAGCCCUGCACCACGGCUGAAAAUCUGUGAUUUUGGCUACUCAAAGUCGUCUCUGCUGCACUCGAGACCCAAAUCCACAGUUGGGACCCCUGCAUACAUUGCUCCUGAGGUUCUUUCUCGUAGAGAAUAUGAUGGCAAGACAGCAGAUGUUUGGUCUUGUGGAGUGACACUUUACGUGAUGCUGGUGGGGGCGUAUCCUUUUGAAGACCAAGAAGAUCCCAAGAACUUUAGGAAGACAAUCCAACGCAUCAUGGCUGUUCAAUACAAAAUCCCAGACUAUGUUCACAUAUCUCAAGACUGUAGACAUCUUCUGUCUCGGAUCUUUGUUCCAAAUGCAUUGAGGAGAAUCACCUUGAAGGAAAUCAAGAGCCAUCCGUGGUUCUUGAAGAACUUGCCUCGGGAACUAACAGAAGCCGCACAGGCUGCAUACUACAGGAAAGAAAAUCCGACGUUUUCCCCGCAAAGUGUGGAGGAGAUCAUGAAGAUUGUUGAGGAGGCAAGGGUCCCACCGCCAGUUGCGCGGUCCCACAGUGGGUAUGGGUGGGGAGAUGACGACGAGGAUGAUGAUGACGAUGAUAAAGAAGAAGAGGGAGAAGGAGGUGACGAAGAAGAACCGGAAGAAGAUGAGUAUGACAAGAGAGUUAAAGAGGCUCAUGAAAGUGGUGAAGUUGGUCCCAUCUAAAAGUACCCCUCUUCAUUAGUUGGAAAGUUUGUGUAAAAAAUGGAGGUUAAAAUCUGUAAAUUUGUGUGGUAUUUGUGUUAAAUAGGUGUGCUUGGUGUGUGAGAACAUUAGGUUUGUGGUGCAAUUAUCCUUCCAUUUCAAGUUUCUGAAUUGGGUUCUUUUUUGGUAAAGUAUGGUAAUUUUAUAUGGUGAUGAUGGUUUUGUUUUA